AUGGCAGGCGUUAAUUUUAUUAAAUUCUCAGAAAAGGAAGAAUACAGGAAGAAGAAAAGAUUCUUAUAUGGAGAAUCAAUGGGUGGUGCAGUUGCCCUUGUUGCACACAGAAAAGAAGCCCAUUUCUGGGAUGGUGCUGUUCUAGUGGCUCCCAUGUGUAAGAUAUCUGAGAAGGUGAAGCCCCACCGCGUGGUGAUAAGCAUACUAACAAAAGUAGAAGAUGUGAUCCCCAGAUGGAAGAUUGUUCCUACAAAGGAUGUCAUCGAUUCUGCUUUCAAGGACCCUGUUAAGAGAGAGAAGAUACGCGGGAACAAGCUGAUAUAUCAAGAGAAGCCGAGGCUUAAAACAGCUCUUGAAUUGCUUAGAACAAGCAUGGCGCUUGAACAGAGCUUGAACCAGGUAGGUAGCAGCAGUAGUAGUCUCCUUGUGUUGAGUGUUUAA